GCGAUGAGCUCCUGGUUCGGCGGCUGGAGCGGCCUCGGCGGCCCGGCGGACGCCGCGAACGCGGCGCCGCCCACGCUGACCAACGCGGCGCCGCUGGGCACGUCGCUGGGGGGGCAGGGCCUCGGCGCCAGCUCCUCGGAGGCGCUGCAGGUGGGCGAGAUAGUCGAGUAUUGGAGCGCGAGCCAGAACAAUUGGAUCUUGGCCAAGAUCAUUGCUGUCAACAGAUCAGGGACCUACAACUUGGACUGCAAGCCGGAGGUGUCCAGGGAGAGGAUCCGACGGCGUGGUGCAGACGCCAAGGGCGGCGCCAGCUUCUCUGGCGCGCAGCACGCCGUGGGCGACGUCGUGGAGUACCAGAGCGCGUCGCAGGGGCGGUGGAUCCCCGCGAAGGUGCUCGCUGUGAACUCUGCCGGCACUUACGACCUGGACUGCAAGCCCCAGGUACCACCCGAGAAG